CUGUCAAUAGAAACUUAGAAAGGUGCGAAAUACCGCAGUUUUAAUUGUGCGUAAUGCGCUGCGUGAGUCACGGUUGGGUGUGAAAUAGAGGAUAAUGCAGCAUAUCAGCACAGCAGGACUGAAGGUUUUAAGUGAACUCUGACAACCAUGAAAUUGAAGCUGUGAAACCCUCCUAAAACAAGGAUACGGACUUUUAAAGUAGUUGUUUGUUAAAUAGGUCAAAUAGGACGUAAAAAGUGAGAUAAAAGUUGCAGGAAAUCCGUCAUCCAGCUAUACUGAUGUAUGGAGACCGCUUCGAGGCGCCUCUUGAGCGCUACGUGUGGGAGACGUUAUGAAUCCGUAAUGAGUUUUCAUUGUUGGAGAAUCACACGAACAGAUGUUAUGCGCGUGUUGUCAUUUCACACCCGCCUGCGGUUGUCACGGGAGCGCAGGGGCGGCGGGGAUACGGAGAGAGAGAGAGCGCACCGGACCCGCCGUGGGAGACAGCAGCCUCUUUGCGGGUGUGCGACAGACUGCCAGCAGGCGAAAAAAGAAAAAAAUAAAAAGCUGCUCCCACCCGCAGCCCAGCGACACAAACUCAAACUCAACAGGUGUCACAUUCCUGCCCUGACAGGUGGGACACCUGAGGGAGGAAGUCUGGGGAAAUGGUUCCAUUAUUAGUGGAUUGUAUAAGUAACUAAUCCAAAAAGUUAAGUUUUUAAUUAGUUCUGUCUGUACAAUAAUAUUAUGGCUAAACACAAAACUACACUCACCAUCUUUUUUUGAAAUAAAUAGGUCUUAAAUCAAGAAGAAUAUAGACUCCAAAAGAACGUUUUACGCAGCAGCUUUUCAGUCAAAUUUCAGGGUUUUUUUUUCUUUAAAGCAAAACCUCAAGCAAACAAAAAGCGUGUAUUUGUUUUAUCAUCCCUACGACUUUCUCUAACUGACUGACCAUUACUCUGAUGGCCUUUUUAUGGCUUUGUUGUCACAUUACUGUCGGCUCGCCCCCCUCAAAAGUGAGCGAUCAAUACGACAUAAAAAUUAUUACAAAGCUGGAAAGUAAGAGGGGCACUCAUGAACCCCACACCUUUCUCCAAAACGUCUUUCAUAUACUUCUGAAAUGCAGGCAAAUGGGACAUUGAUUUUAGAUUCAUCAGCGCUCCGGCCGCUUGUGGCACCACUCCGUGAUUUCCCCAGGCGCUCUUUUGUGCCAAAGAUCAGUGUCAAUAAAAUUCAUUGGGGUGCUGGCCCGAUCAACAUGUUAUUGAACAGCCAAUCUCUCCCCUAAAUAAACACUUGUCUUUGAGCACUCAGCACACAUGAAAUGAAGAUUGUGUGUGAGUGUGUGUGUGUAUUUAAAAUCACUUAUUUAAAAAACUAAUACGGAGAUUAUAAAUACACAUUACCCCGAAAAUAAUGUAUAGAAAAUUCAUAAACGGAAUUUUUGUUCAUCCAAAUUUAAUAAUUUGGUAAAAAUAUAAUAUCAUUAAUCAUGAUGAUUGUUAUUUAGUUUUUAUAAAUACUGCAGGGGGGAAAUGACAAUAACAGCCUGUAGCGUUCUCCUUGGGCCCUUUACGCAUGGCACCAAUGGAAUCUAAAAUGAAAAAUAAGUCUUAAGGCGCACAUUAGCGACAAAAAACACUCAGCUAUAUUUUCAAAUAAAUCAGCAACACCACGAGUUUAAUGUUUCCAUGUUCUUCUUAUAUCACUUCACUUCCACAUUAAUGUUAUUAAGAUCUCAUCUUCUACCUAAAUUCAUUUGUUUGCAGUUGUAAGAGAAUAAUACGCACUAAUAGGUGAGGAAAUAUAGCAUAGAAGCUGUUGCCAAAAUGCCACGUUUUCUAGAAUAUAUGUACUUUUCAAAAAUGCCAUUUGAAUCUUUUUUUUAACAUAUAGGAGCAUGGACAUAUCUUUUAUUUUUCUCUUUUAUAUCUGAGUAGAUCAGUGAUAAAAGUUUGGUUUUUGGCACCAUAUGUUUCACUGUGACUUGGAAAACUAAAAGAUCAUAGCAUAAAGUCAUUUCAGGGCUGAAUAGGAGUGGGUUGUUUUAGCUAAACUGAUUUUAACCUAAUUGAAAGGGGACGUAAAUCAUUUUCGGUAUUUUCCCGUUUGAAAAGUAAUAGGUUAGUACGUAACGCGUCUCUGAGCGCUGAAACUCUAUUGGUUUCUCCCCCUCAGCUCCUGCUUAUUCCUCUUCCGGGUAGGGUACUCGGUAAGGUGAUGUUAAUCUAUCUCCCCGUCGCCCGGGAAACGACGCAGCGUAAUCCUGCACAGGCUUGGAGCAGAAAAGCAAAGUCCGCUGACACACUCGUGCUCCCCUUUGGAGCUAUACAAAUUAGACAACACCUGUACGUGCGUGCGUGUGUGGAUGGACGCGAGUUAGACAGGUUUGCACUGAUGUGAGCGUAAAUCAUGAACAAUGGAUGGGCACGAUGAGCGCAACUCUCCGAAAGAGGUGGCGAAUAACUCGGAGAUGCUCCUUGCUUUGCUGUCACACAGCGAGGAGUUACGAAAAGAAAUCCCAGUAUGUGCCGGCUGCAGUCAACACAUCGUAGACCGCUUCAUCCUCAAAGUGCUGGAUCGCCACUGGCACAGCAAGUGCCUCAAAUGCAGCGACUGCCAGGCGCAACUGGCCGAUAAGUGCUUCAGCAGGGGAGACAGCGUGUACUGCAAAGACGAUUUCUUCAAAUUCGGGACCAAGUGCGCAGCCUGUCAGCAGGGGAUACCGCCCACACAGGUGGUGAGGAGAGCGCAGGACUUCGUCUACCACCUGCACUGUUUCGCCUGCAUCGUGUGCAAGAGGCAGCUGGCCACAGGUGACGAGUACUACCUGAUGGAGGACAGCAGGCUGGUGUGCAAGGCUGACUACGAGACCGCCAAACAGAGAGAAGCAGACUCAACAGCAAAAAGGCCACGAACGACCAUCACUGCUAAACAGCUGGAAACCCUGAAGAAUGCUUACAAUAACUCUCCCAAACCAGCUCGCCACGUCAGAGAGCAGCUAUCAUCAGAAACAGGCCUGGAUAUGCGGGUAGUGCAGGUUUGGUUCCAGAACAGGCGAGCUAAAGAGAAAAGGCUGAAAAAAGACGCUGGGCGCCAGAGAUGGGGGCAGUACUUUCGCAACAUGAAGAGGUCACGAGGAAGCUCGAAAUCCGACAAGGACAGCAUCCAGGAGGAGGGCAUGGACAGCGACGCAGAGGUGUCCUUCACAGAUGAACCACCCAUGUCUGAGCUUGGCCACACUAACGGCAUCUACAGCAGCCUGAGUGAGUCCUCUCCGGCCAUGGGCGGCCGCCAAGGUGGCAACAACAACAGCUCCUUCCCCCUGGAGCACAGCGUGCUCCCGUCUCAAGACCAGUACCACGACAUCCGCUCCAACAGCCCCUACGGCCUUCCUCAGUCGCCGGGGUCGCUCCAGGCGCUACCCAGACACCAGCCCCUCAUCUCCAGUCUCGUCUACCCCGACUCCGGCCUGUCGAUCAUGACCCAGGGCGGCGGUCCCGGGAUCAACCCUGCCGUGAGAGUUUCCAUGGGGGCAGCCAACGGCCCCAGCUCGGACCUCUCCACCGGCAGCAGCGGAGGAUACCCAGAUUUUCCAGCCAGUCCUGCUUCCUGGUUAGACGAAGUGGACCAUGGGCAGUUUUGAUUGGUCAACAACAAGAAACUACUUUUUUUUUUCUUAGUUUUUUUGUGUCUUCUGUUGGAUUUUAAGAAUUGGAAAAUAGUCACGCAGGACAGUGAUUGGGUGAAGGAGUAGACUGCUGUCCUUGGAUCUCACCGAUAUCUGACUGAAAGAUCCAUUCGACACAUGUGAUCUGGACGGAAGUAAGGAAGAAAAUGUCCCUCUUUCAAAAGCACUUGGCCUAACAAAUGUCGUUCAGUAGUGAGACUGUAUGCAAAGCAAGGAAUCUGUCAAAAAAAAAUUCCAUGUUCAGAUACCGUGAUAAGCUCUUUCAGAACAACGUAGACACCACAGAUAGAAAGUUUAGACAUCCAUCAAAUGGAUUUUCACCUCUUUGUUCUCCCACUGCUCUUUGUUAACUUACAGCGUGUUCAGGUGCAGAAUUCAGUUCAACAUUCAGAGUCUUUAAAUAUCUGGUUGCUGCCAAAUGUCUAUAUAUAUAUAAAUAUAAUGGUUUAUCAUUGUGGAGACUUUAUUUUUAUACAAACCCCUUCUUGGACAUGAAUAAGAACCUGCAUAUGAGGACUUUGUCCAUUGUUGAACAGAGAUAUAGGCAAAAAUGUAGAUGUUGUCUUAAAUGGUACCUAGGGGUCCAAUUACUUCUAUGCAUUUGUGUGUUCUCAGAUGUAUCUUGUUCGUUUCGUUCUACUGAAAACCGCCCCCUGAGGAAGAACUGUAGCAUCCGGGGGUGUCUGAUGUAUAUGUUUGUUUAUGUGGAAAAUGUUUUAUGUCUUAUUUAUUCCCUCUGGUGAUGAUGAUGAUGAUGAUGAUGAUUCCUAAUUAAAUGACACGACUUUAAUAAAUUUGUCACCUAAAUCAAAAUAGAGUUCGAUCC